UGUACCGGAGCCAGUCAGUGGAGGGGGUAAUAGGUGCAUACAUCUGUUAUGCCUUGUUACAUAAAAAAUGUGCCAUAACUCACACAUUGUUAGUACCAGUCUUAGAAAUUGGCCUCGAAUCGUGAUGUCAAGGUUGGCUAUUUUACUCUGAAAGAAUCCUCCUGUCACUUCCCGUUCGGAGGUCGGCGCCUUUGUGCAAAUCUCAUAAAUGGGAGUGACACGAGUGUAGCUCAUGGGCGAGUCCAUGUGACGAGAAAGAAGAGGGGUGUGAAGCAAGGCAGGAAAAAACGAUGCUAUAGCCCUAUCUAGCGUCAAGAUUCGGAACCAAUUCAUUGUAUUAUUUUUAUAUUCAUUAUUUUCGUUUUAUAUGGUCACUAACCACACGCCGUUUUCUUGUUUAUUAUUCAUAAAAAUGCACGUUGAAUAUAACGGAUACAUUUUUACGUCAUACAGUAUAGUGUUCACUAAUGCUGCUUUGUUACGUUUCACUAAUUCGAUAUGGGGUCUACCCCACUCCCCUCCUCUUCGUCGUCACAAAGCAAACUAGGCCACCAGCAGUCCGACUCCCAUGACAACCGAACAUGACCCAUGGACACAGAGGAGGUCUCCGCUGACGUAAUCUCCCAGCAGGGUCAAGCACCUGAGACAAACUUCGUGAGAAGGACAUCAUGCAAACCAAACAAAAAUCAGCAGCAGGACAAAUGAUUAUUUUUACAGGUCCAGAUGGUAUCGGCGACUACCGACCGAGGUUCAAUCAGUCACCGUACACAAGAGUAGGCACCUUGACCCCUGAGUCUAGCAGCGACCUCUCUUACCUGUGGAGGGCGGCUCCGCAUGCACCCCCGCCUUUACCCAAGCAGGCCUAUGUGGGCGAAGUGGGCUGGUGUUGGCAGUACAGCUCCAUGUUGAAUGACAGCACACUACGGAGCGGCAAGCAAAUCAGGAAGAGCGUCAUACGAAUGGAAGUGGAGGACCGAGCGAGCCACAAGUUUCUGAAGCAAUCAGGGAAGAUGCCUGCUACGCAGAAACACCAAAACCGAGUCUGACAGCAAAAUGGUCAUCGAUAAGCAGGACCAGCAUUAGGACACUGGACUAUUACAAUGAAAUCCUAUGUUCCAUUAUUUGAACACCGAAAUAUAUCGACACAUGGACCAGUU